AUUUUUUAGCUCCAAGCCAAUAAAAAGGGACAAUGCCCGCAAUAUAAUUAAGAAAGCUGUUCCCAAGGAGGAUAAGGAAUUCCAUAUUGAUAAAGAUUUGGAAUCAGAAUUGUUGAAUCUUGAUGCCGUUGGACUUGACAUACUGGACAAAAGUACAACUGAUUCUCACAUAAUCAGUGAAACAGAUCAGGAUAAUAGUAAUUCAAUCAGUUUAAAAUCAAACCGAUGAAUUAAAUUCAGUAACAAAUAAACAGAGUCCUGAUCUUGAAAAAUUCACACGUGCAGAGAAACAAAAAGAUAAAACUGAAUGUGAUGAUAUACCAAGGAAAAAGCUUAAAACAAAGGGGGAUACAUUUUUGUCUGAAAGUAUUAAUACAUUUAAUAAAGUUAAAACUAGUCCUGUGAAAACACCAGAAACUAAUAACAAAUAUAAGUCUCCUAGUAAACUAUCUCUAAAAUCGCCAAAGAAAUCACCAUCAGAAAAUUCUUUAUUUAAGAAAUCUCCUUCAAAGAAGACAUUAACCUCGAGUACCAUUCCAAAGACAUCACCGUUUAAAAAAAGUUUGUCUUUAGAUAAGCCUAUCCACAAAAAUCAAAAUGAUAAAAAGGAGUUGAAGAAAGACUCAGAAAGUAAUAAAGCUAUUUGCUCAGAACCUGCAGUAAAAAGUAAAGAUGCAAAAGAAAAGCAGCAUUCUACCAAACACAAUGAAAAAGCCUUUUCAAAAACGUCACAAAAAGAUACAAAUACAUUGUCAAAGGAAAAAUCUGUAACAUCUGACAUGAAAUUAGAAGAAGUUAGUAAACUGUCAAGUGCUCUUAGUAAUCUGUGGGUAGAGAAAUACAAGCCAAUUACAACAAAGCAAAUCAUCGGCCAGCAGGGAGACAAAAGUUGUGUCAAUAAACUGACGACUUGGCUUAAGAACUGGCACCAUAACCAUUCAGGACAAAAGAAGUUGGUAAAGCCUGGUCCUUGGGUAAAGAAUGAUGAUGGAGCGUAUUUUAAAGCUGCUUUACUGUCAGGUCCACCUGGUGUGGGGAAGACAACUACGGCCCAUCUUGUUUCCAGGGAGUUGGGGUUCGAUGUGGUUGAGUUCAAUGCUUCAGACACUCGGUCGAAGAAACUGCUUCACCAAGAAGUAUCAGAGUUGCUGUCAACUAAUUCUUUGUCGCCAUUUUUCACAGGUAAAGGAGAUCAGGUAACCAAGAAGCAUGUGUUGCUGAUGGACGAGGUAGACGGUAUGGCUGGCAACGAAGACCGAGGAGGUGUACAAGAGCUGAUACAGUUGAUCAAGGGUGCACGAGUUCCUAUCAUUUGUAUGUGCAAUGAUCGCAACCAUCCCAAGAUACGCAGCCUCUCCAACUACUGCUUUGAUUUGCGGUUCUCUAAACCCAGAACUGAACAAAUCAAGGGUGCAAUGAUGUCUCUCUGUUAUAAGGAGAAAUUGAAGCUAACUCCAGAUGCUUUGACAGAAAUUAUAGCGAGCGCUAAUCAAGAUAUAAGAUUAAUAAUAAACCAUCUAUCCAUGCUUUCUAUGGAAAGUAGUGGUUUAGCAAAUAGUACAAAGCAUAUAAAGAUGGGGCCUUGGGAUGUUGUGAGGAAAAUUUUCUCAGAGGAAGAACACAAGUCAAUGUCUAUACAUGAUAAAUGUGAUUUAUUCUUCCAUGACUACAAUGUAACGCCUCUCUUUGUGCAAGAGAACUAUUUAAAUGCUGUCCCUCACAAACCGGAGGCGAAAAAUAAAAUUAAGAAAAUAGAGCUGUUUGCAUCAGCAGCGAGGAGUUUGAGCUUUGGUGACUUGGUAGAGAAAAAUAUUCGUUCUCAUAAUGCUUGGAGUCUUCUGCCAGUACAGGCAAUUUUUAGUUCAUUAGUUCCAGGGCAAGUUUUAGAGGGCCAUAUAGGGGCACAAAUUAAUUUUCCUGCAUGGUUUGGAAAAAAUUCCCGUCAGACGAAAAUGACUCGUCUUCUACAAGAGCUGACCGUGCACUCCAGACUCAAGAUAUCAGGAAACAAAGAAGCGAUGAAUCUGGACUACGUGGUGCCCCUGGAGAGGAGCAUAGUUUCACCACUGGUACGGGAUGGUUCAGCUGGUAUCCCCCAAGCACUGUCCAUCCUUAGCGAGUACAGUCUGGUCCGAGAGGACCUAGAGAGUCUGUCAGAAUUGUCCUCAUGGCCAAACACCAAGACUUUAUUUUCCGAAGUUGAAAGCAAGGUUAAAGCUGCAUUCACCAGAGCCUACAACAAAACCAGUGUUCCAACACCUUACGCCGCUGUACCAAUCAAGAAGGGCAGUAAGGCAGAUUUUGACAGUUUGGACACAGUUCCUGAGGAAGAAGAAGAUGUGCCGGAUGUAGAAGAGGAGGAAGAGGAUAGCCUGGAAGUUGAUUCAAUGAUAGUGGUUAAGAAGAAGACAUCAGCAAAAAAAGUUGACAGUGCCGGACCUUCUACCUCCAAAGGGAACAAGAAUUCCAAAAGAGGCAGGAAAAAAUAAGGUUUUUAAAUCUGAUAUUCAUAUUUAUUUUUGUGAUUGUAUUAUAUAUUUCAGAGCUUUUACAUGUUUAUUAAAUAUUUUACAUCACAUUGUA